GCACAAGCGAAAAUGGCGAAAAACUACCUUUCACGUUGACGGUUCUUGGGCGUACGUUGUGUCAGAUUUUUUCAGGCGAAGGCAAUUGUCAUCAGCAUUUUUAAUGCCGAAAGUUUGUAACGUUGGCUUUACAUCAAAAUAAAAAGUUUCAGAGUUGUCUGGCGAAGCAAGAGGAAUGGCACAAUGGAGGGACCAACUCAAGUUCGACAUCGAAUGGGGACACGAGCGGCUGGUGCGUGCCCAGCAAACGGUGGAAGUGCGCCCGUUCGACGUGGAAUCCUGGUCGGUGUUGGUUCGCGAGGGUCAGAGCCGGAACAUAAACGAGGUUCGUUCGCUUUAUGAAUCGUUGGUGAGUGUUUUUCCUACAACUGCGCGGUACUGGAAGAUUUAUAUCGAGCAGGAAAUGAAAUACCGGAACUACGAACGGGUGGAAAAAUUAUUUCAACGGUGUUUGGUUAAGAUUUUAAACAUCGAUCUGUGGAAGCUUUAUCUAACUUAUGUGAAGGAAACGAAGGCCGGGUUGAGCACCCACAAGGAAAAGUUGGCACAGGCCUAUGAUUUUGCUCUGGAAAAAAUUGGAAUGGACUUGCAUUCGUAUUCAAUUUGGCAGGAUUAUAUAUCGUUUCUGAAAAGUGUUGAAGCGAUAGGCAGCUAUGCUGAAAACCAAAAGAUUACUGCCGUUCGGAAAGUUUAUCAGCGAGCAGUGAUAACACCGAUCAUCGGAAUUGAACACCUUUGGAAAGAGUAUAUUAUGUUCGAGCAGAAUAUUAAUCCGAUUAUUUCGGAAAAGAUGAGCUUGGAGCGGUCACGAGACUACAUGAACGCACGUCGCGUAGCAAAAGAAUUGGAAAUUGUAACGAAGGGCUUAAAUCGCAAUCUACCGGCAGUACCUCCGGUGGCAACAAAAGAAGAACAAAAACAGGUUGAAUUGUGGAAAAAAUAUGUUAGUUUUGAACGAUCGAAUCCUCUUAGAAGCGAGGAUACGGCUCUAGUUACCCGUAGAGUAAUGUUCGCUACUGAACAGUGUCUACUGGUUCUUACGCACCAUCCUGCUGUGUGGCAUCAGGCUGCCCAAUAUCUGGACCAAAGCUCGAAACAGUUGAUUGACAAAGGCGACCUGAACGCCGCCAGAGUGUUUGCCGAUGAAGCUGCUAACAUUUUGGAAAGAGCCAUCAGCAGUGUGCUCAGUAGAAAUGCUUUGCUUUAUUUUGCAUACGCAGAUUUUGAGGAAGGACGGCUCAAGUACGAAAAAGUACAUCAGAUGUAUAACAAAUUCCUAGCUAUUACGGAUAUUGAUCCGACACUGGCUUAUAUUCAGUACAUGAAGUUUGCACGUCGCGCUGAAGGCAUUAUUUCGGCGAGAGCCAUAUUUAAAAAAGCACGUGAAGACGUUCGGUCCACGUAUCAUGUUUUUGUAGCAGCUGCCUUGAUGGAGUACUAUUGUACGAAGGAUAAGGAUAUUGCAUUCCGUAUUUUUGAACUGGGACUGAAACGUUUUGGCGGUAGUCCGGAGUACGUAAUGUGUUACAUCGACUAUUUGUCGCAUUUGAACGAGGACAAUAACACUCGAGUAUUGUUUGAACGUGUUCUUUCAUCCGGAGGAUUAACACCGCAGCUGUCGGUCGAGGUGUGGAACCGUUUCUUGGAGUUUGAGUCGAAUAUUGGGGAUCUUUCCAGCAUUGUCAAAGUCGAACGCCGGAGAAGCGCAGUUUUAGAGAAACUGAAAGAAUUUGAAGGGAAGGAAACUGCUCAGUUGGUGGAUCGUUACAAGUUCCUCAAUCUGUACCCUUGUUCCACAUCCGAGUUGAAAUCUAUUGGCUAUACCGAAACCAAUGGAGUGUUGAAUUCGUUCCCCAGCAAGCUUCUAAUGAUUGCGGAAAACGCCGAAACUCCCAAUCAAAUUCCCCGUCCGGAUUUCGCUCAGAUGAUUCCAUACAAACCGAAACCCAAUGCCUACCCGGGUGAACACCCGUUGGACGGUGGGUGCUUCCCGCAACCGCCGGCCGUAGCCUAUCUGUGCUCGAUCCUUCCGCCGCCGAUUUGCUUCCAAGGACCAUUCGUUUCCAUCGAAAAACUAGCCGAUCUGUUCAGCCGUAUUUCACUGCCUGAUGUGCCGAUAACUCCGUGUGGAGAAAAUGGUAACACCAAACUGUUCGAUCUGGCCAAGGCUGUACACUGGAUCGUCGAUGACAGUACGCAUUCUGGGGAGGGUGGAUUGAAACGGCGUCGAAUGGCACCCGGCGGUGACGACAGCGACGAGGAAACGGCAAUGUCUGCUCCACCGGCCAACGACGUCUAUCGUUUGCGGCAGCAGAAAAGAUUCAAUCGAUGAGCUGAUGAGCGUUUUUGGAUUCUUUUCUAUAACGUGUAUUCUUAGAAUUAAGGAUAUUUUUCUAUACAUUAGUAGUAGUUUUAAUCGAGUAUUGAUUGAAUAAAACGGAUAAGAACAAACUA